GGUUCAUUAGCUUGUAGGAGGACAUCAUACACACACUUGUUGCAAUAUCCUUUUGCGCAGAGGCAUGAACAAUUUUGUACUACUGCAGGAAAUGAGGAAAAGCAAAAAAUAUCUGUAACUUUUGUUGACAAGGAUGGAGAAGAGCAGCAUAUCAAGGUCCCUGUUGGAAUGUCUAUGUUAGAAGCUGCACAUGAAAAUGACAUUGAACUUGAAGGAGCAUGUGAAGCUUCGCUUGCCUGUUCCACAUGUCACGUGAUUGUUAUGGAUGUGGAGUAUUACAACAAGCUAGAUGAUCCAACAGACGAUGAAAAUGAUAUGUUGGAUCUUGCUUUUGGUCUCUGCGACACGUCACGUCUAGGUUGUCAGGUAAUUGCAAAACCUGAACUUGAUGGAAUUCGGUUAGCUCUCCCUGGUGCCACAAGAAACUUUGCUGUUGAUGGCUAUAAACCGAAACCACAUUAGAGUUUCUAUAUAUAAAAUAAAGGUUAGUUUCAACAUGGCCAUUUUAAGAAAAGAUUGAGGGUACUUUGGUCAUUGAACCGCACCCCUUGCACAUUUUGCAAGAUUAGCUUGCUUGGAAAGGUUGUCUUCGAUGCUUUGUUAUUUAUACCUCAUCAUCAACUUCAUAAAAGGUCCAUUCUUUCAUAUUAAAUUGUA